AUGCGCCGUGAAGAGAAUAUAGCUUAUAUAUCAUCGAAUCGUCCUUCAUCAUUGAAUAUUGUGCCGAAAAAUCGUUCAUAUAAUGAUGAGCAAAUGCGUGGUGCUCUCAUUUUCUCUGAUGCAAAUUCACAACGUCAAAUAACAGUCUCAGGUAUGGGAGAAUUUUCACUACCACCAGAUCGUGUUAAACUAAUACUUAUUAUUUCAAGUACAAAAUCCAAUGUUGAAGAAGCAAAAAUUAGCGUACAAAGAAGAUUACGAUAUGUUGAACAAACAUUGAGAAACUUUGGUGUUAAGGUGAGU